AUGGAUGAAUUACAGACUUUAUGGUCCAAUCUAAAAGAAUCCGUUGCAAUCCGAUCGAAACGUAUUACAGAAAUAGAAGCGCUUGGACAAUUUCUUCUGGAAGCUAGUAUGAUUGAGUCAUGGAUAACGCUGCACAGUAGUUUAAUGUCAGUCGAUGUUCACUGUAAUGAGGACAGUGGUUUGCGGUCUAUUCUUAAAACACAUCAAAAUUUACAAGAAGAAAUUAAAGCUUACCAAUCUCAAAUUGAAACCUUGGAAGCUUCAGCAGAAGAUUUAGCUGAAAGUGAUAAAGCUUCUGAUGAUGUUGUCGUGCGUCUAUUUACCAUUAAAAAGAAUUACCAACAGUUAUUAGAGCUAGUGCAAAAGCGUCAUCAUCGUUUAAUGAGUUUACAGCAAUUUUUCGCGUUUCUCAGUGAUGUCGAUACAGUGGUAUCUUUAGCUAAUGAUAAAAUUGUGAUCUUGAAAUCCAUAACUUUACCCAAUGAAUUAAAUGAAGCUGAAAUAAUGAUGAAAAGAUUGGAAGGAAUACAAGCAGACCUGGAUAAAAAUGCCGAUCGCUAUCAUCAUGUACAAGAGCAAAGUGAAGAACUAUUGGAAAGCCUAGAGUAUAAUUUAGAUGAAAUUGAAGCCAUGCGAGAUAAUUGCAAUGAAACUUGGAAUGGAGCACAUACUAUUUUGAAGGAAAAAGUGGAUUGCUUGCAUUGCAAAAUUGGCUUUUUAAAAUUAUGUUUCGACAUUGAUUCUACCACGACUUGGAUUACAGUCAUUACAGCUCGAUUGCGUGAAAAUGUACCUGCUACUACAGAUAGUGAUGCAACAUUAAAAUUGCAAAGUGAAUUAAAUGCUGUUGAACGCGAUUCAGCUGCUGCUAAAGAAAGGAUGACAGCUAUUCUGGAUAACUACAAUGAAUUACCUGAUCUAGAGGAAGAUGAUCGAUGCCAAUUAGAUGAAAAGUUGCAAAAUUUACAAUCCCAAUGGGAUGACUUAAGUGAUCGAAUUGAUCGACAAUGCGCUAUCAUUGGAGAUUGCAGUGACUAUCAAAGGCUACUCAUUGAUAUAGAAGAUUUUCUAGACUGGAUUAGCAAAGCUCUUCAAGAAAUUGAUCACCAAUCUGACCAUGUACCGCUUAAAGCUGCUGAUGCUGAAAUGGCCAUUAAAGUACACGAGGAUUUACAAGCUGAAAUUGAAAGUCAUGUUCAACUUGCUAGUGAUAUUAACGAAAAAUCGCUUCCUUAUCUUGACGACGAGAAUGAAGAUCAACAAUUGAAAACAAAAUUAACAGAAUUAAAUCAUAAUUGGCAAGAAUUUUUGGAUUUAUAUGAGAAACAUAAGAAAGUUUUACAAGAACGCUAUGAAGAAUCCAUCUUCUACGGAAAUU